AUGGAACUCACUAUAGACUCAUCUUCCAGCAACAAAAAUUCCAGUGCAAUCGACAUCACGGGAAUAUGCUCUCGAGGCGUCUUAUCAUUUAAGAUUGGGAGUUAUUUAAGUGAAAAAACUACUCGCAGAUUCAUAACCAACUUUAAGGGGAUGUUGGAAAAUAUAAUCAAUUUCCACAAGAACUCAACAUCUUCAACCCGCCAAUUACCCAUCGGAGUUGAGCCAUAUUUUCAAUUUUGUUCCGUAAUCGUAGACGGAACAAGUUCCUCAAUCCCCACGCUGUUUGUCCUUCCUCCCGGUGAAGGUGGGGCUGAGAGCUAUUUUGGCAACAUUGCUCAAAACUUGGGAGGAUUUAAUCUCAUAAUUUUCAACAAUUUUUAUCUCGCCAUGAACAAACCGGACACCUGUAGCUUCGAACAAUUGGCGAAAAUGUACUUAAAAUAUAUUAGAGAAUUGCAACCUCACGGGCCGUAUCAUUUCCUGGGGUGGAGUUUCGGUGGACUCUUAUCCCUAGAAAUUUCAAAGCAAUUGACAAACUCUGGAGAAAAAAUUGGUACGUUGACCAUGAUAGAUUCCUACUUCAACGUGAUAAAAGCGUGUCACGAUAUUGGCCUCCCCAAGGAAAAAUAUGUAAUUGACAGAAUUAAUUACGCCUACACGCCGGGAGAAAGUUGUCUGAAAAACUUUGUUGAAAAUUCUAACAAAAUUGCAUUAUUUAAAGCCACGCGUAUAAAUGAGAAAUACGAUUCAGACCCUCAAUUCCUUCUUUACGAAUACUAUCGGAAUUCAAAGUAUAAUAAUCUGGACACCCUGAUUGAUCCUGGAAGUUGGAAUCUGCUCUAUUUGGAUAGCGAAUCUCAUAAUUCUUGGGUCCAUAACAAGAGUCAAGUUGACAAGAUUUGUGACUUUCUUGUAUCCAAUAUUAUGUGA